CUCUAUUACCUCGGUAGAUAUUUUAUCCGUGCUUUCAAGCAGCAUCACUGCAGUGCAAUAAUAGAUGUGAUUUGACGCAGGUAAAGUUCAUAUCGUUUCCUCCUCAGACUUUCGCACUUAUGUCGUAACACAUUGCUUUGGAUUCAGUGUUGUGGUAACUUCCCCAGUCUCACGCUGCACGAUACACAUAACAUGGGACUCCACGUGCAGUGGAUGACUUGUUUAUAUAACACGACGGACAGCCCUCUGGGCCAAUGAACUCCCAUUUUUGCAAAGUCGUCAUAUUCGCUAUGGAAACCCGUAGUUUUCAGCCAAUUGAGAAACGCUUAGAGCUGAGUCUGAAUCGAGGUCGCGCGCUGAGCUCGCCGAUUCGUUUAGUAGGUCCGUUCACGUGUCACGUCAGAAUCCGUCUCCCAUUGAGGAAUGCUGGAGCAAGUAGUGACUGUUUUAUGCAAUGGUCGGUUCUGCUUUAACAACUCGACACCGAGGACAACAGAGAGGCGAUUUUUCUCGGCAGCACAGACUGCAUCCCCACUCCUGAGGCAUCAUUUCCAUGCUUCAUGGCAUUGCCAUGUGGAACGUAGCUUAAUCUCCCAUCGUUUGCCUUUUGGUCCGCCCCAUGUCUGAGGACAGUAAUCCGAAACACUACCUGUACUCAACCCUGAAAGGGUGUGAAAGGAACCAGGAAAGGGUCGACUUCCAGAUGGAGGAAGAGGAAGGCUCUCCCUGCGGCUCCAUUAGCCAACUUCACCGCAUGGCCGACAGUUACAACAAGGGUUGUGGCGGACGGGAUGGAGUCGAACUGGAAGCGGAGUUGGGAUUGGCCUCCGAGGGGAGCGACAGCAGCCAUGAGCACCCAGCCUUGUCGGGCUCCCCGCACGCCGACAGGAAGCGGCCACGCCCACCCUUACACGAGGAUGUAGAGAUGGGAGGCAGCGGCUCAAGUGGGAGCGGGACAGAAUCCCAUGGUAACGAGUCGCAUGGCAAUGAGUCCCAUGGCAAUGAAUCUGUGGGCAGCUCAAAUGCCAAUGGCAAGGAUUCUGCUUUCUUGGAGUCUUCAUUGAGCAACAAGAGCUCAAACUCUCACAGCCCCUCGCCGCCAAGCAGCUCCAACGCCUUCAGUCUGGUGAGCUCCGAGCAGGACAACCCUUCAACCAGCGGCUGCAGCAGCGAACAGUCAGCCAAAGCUAAGACACAGAAGGAGCUCUUCAAGACCAUCAAGGAGCUGAAGAUGCACUUGCCGUCGGAAAAGAGGAGCAAGGGCAAGUCCAGCACUGUCAACACGCUCAAAUAUGCGCUGCGAUGUGUCAAACAGGCGAAAGCCACUGAGGAAUACUACCAGUUGCUGAUGAUUAAUGACAGUCAACCGCCAGGGUUUGAUGUAUCAUCCUACACCAUCGAAGAAAUUAACAGCAUCACCUCUGAAUACACCCUCAAAAACACUGAUAUUUUUGCUGUUGCCGUCUCACUCAUCACGGGGAAAAUUGUUUACAUCUCGGACCAGGCGGCGUCCAUCUUGAACUGCAAGCGGGAAGUCUUUAACAAUGCCAAGUUUGUGGAGUUCCUGACACCUCAGGACGUCAGCGUGUUCUACAGCUUCACCACGCCCUACCGCCUGCCCUCAUGGAGGAUGUGCACCGAAGCAGACUCGUCUCCCACAGAGUGCAUGCAGGAGAAAUCCUUUUUUUGCCGUAUCAGUGGUGGUAAGGAGCGUGAAGGAGAUUUGCAGUACUAUCCUUUCCGUAUGACUCCAUACCGGAUGAAAGUCCAGGAUGCUGAGCUGGCUGAGGAACAGUUCUGCUGCCUCCUGCUGGCCGAGAGGGUGCACUCUGGAUACGAAGCACCCAGAAUUCCUACUGACAAGCGUAUCUUCACCACCACACACACACCCAACUGUGUGUUCCAGGAUGUGGAUGAGAGGGCUGUUCCUCUGUUGGGUUACCUCCCUCAGGACCUGAUCGGGACCCCUGUGCUACUCAAUCUGCACCCAAGUGACCGACCCUUGCUGCUGGCUGUGCAUCGGAAAAUUCUGCAGUAUGCUGGUACGCCAUUCGAUUACUCCUCGAUCCGUUUCUGUGCAAGAAACGGCGAGUACAUCACCAUUGAUACCAGCUGGUCCAGCUUCGUCAACCCCUGGAGUCGCAAGGUCUCCUUUGUCAUUGGCAGGCACAAAGUCCGCACGGGUCCUGUGAAUGAAGAUGUUUUUGCAGCACCUGCUUUCCACGGAGGGAAGAUCAUGGACUCAGACAUCCAGGAAAUUAGUGAACAGAUCCACAGGCUGCUACUCCAACCGGUCCACAACAUGGGCUCUAGCGGUUAUGGUAGCCACGGCAGCAAUGGUUCCCAUGAGCAGCUGGUGAGCAUCAGCUCGUCGGGCGAGAGCAACGGGAACGUCGUGGCUGGGAACCCAGCGGAGGAGACAAACAAGGCCAAGCCUUCCAGGACGUUCCAGGAGAUUUGUAAAGGGGUCCACAUGCUGAAGAACCAGGACUCCCAGGUCUUCCUGCGCCUCCCUCCCCCUUGGCCCUCACCGUCGCCAUCCAAGCCUGAGCAGAAGAAGACCUCUGACACAAUAGUGGCAGCUCAGAAGAGUCCAGCGGUGCGUUUGAAAGACUCAGCGCCCCCUCUGCAGGUCAGAGACAAUACUGCAGCCAGCAUGGAGGACUUCACCUGCAAGGACCAGACUGUCUGCUCCUACCAGCAGAUCAGCUGCCUUGACAGUGUCAUCAGGUACUUGGAUAGUUGUAACACCCCCAUCACAGUGAAGAGGAAGUACCAGUUCUCUAACUCAGAUGAUGACAAGAAGGGCUCAGAGGAUGGCAUGCAAGUGCCUCAGGACACAAACCCAGAUCCUUUGAUGCUAGAUGCCCAGCCAGGCCUGUCAAACAUGAAAGCACUUAAGAAACCUUCAUCUGGGGCAGUGGCUGUGGUGGGAGGCCCCAUGGCACCCCUCACCCUACCAAGCAAGGCUGAGAGCGUGGUGUCAAUCACCUCACAGUGCAGCUACAGCAGCACCAUCGUCCAUGUGGGAGACAAAAAGCCUCAGCCAAAGUCUGAGAUUAUCGAGGACAUGGUCGAAAGCCCUGUGCUCCCGGCUCUGCCUGUCAGCGUGGUGUCUCCCCCCAGCCAGGAGAAGGAGGCCUACAAGCGGCUGGGACUGACCAAACAGGUACUGGCUGCACACACCCAGAAAGAAGAGCAGGCCUUCCUCAAUCGCUGCCGAGAGCUCUGCAACGCCAGGACCUUCCAGAAGGACUGUUUCACAUAUCUCCACAAGCAGAGAGGUCCAGCCAGUGCGGAAGAAUCAUCUGGUCUACGAAGUUCUGCCAAACAAGGCACCACCAGGCCUGAGACUACUGCCAAGAAGGGCAACCGCAACAGGAAGACCAAUAAGCCCCGGAGGAAGCAUCCUGAUUCGUCAGACAGCGCCGUAUCAAACCGCAAACCCCGGCCUCCUCUCCAGGGUCUCAACCAAACCUCGUGGUCCCCAUCAGAAACAUCCCAGUCAGCUUUUAAUGUCUCCUACCCAGCCAUGGGGCCUGCCUAUCCGCUCUAUCCCACUGGACCUGCAGCCCCAGCUCAGGCCCCCUGCCCUGACCCCUCCCUUUCCACAGGCUUUGGAGAGGGGCAGAGUACUCAAGCCCCACCUACUGCCGCUCCAUUCGGUGCAACCAUUGUUACACCCGUGGUAGCUCUGGUGCUACCCAAUUACCUCUUCCCCCAAAUAGGACAGUUAGGUCAGAUUGGGCAGCUGGGGGCUGCUCCUAGACCAGCGUUUUUCCCUGAGCAGACCCAGACGCAACCUGCAUACACUUCUCAGCAGCUCUUUCAGCCUCCACAGCCAGGCUACGCCAUGCAAACACAACCCCCAUACACCAGCCAACAGCCGUUCCCUGUGCAGACUGCCUUUACCCCCCAGCAGCCAUUCCAAACCGCUCACACCCCCUUCACUACCCCGCAGCCUUUCCAAACCACACAGACCCCCUACACUACCUCGCAGCCUUUCCAAACCGCACACACCCCCUACACUACCCCCCAGCCUUUCCAGGCCCCUCAGACUGCCUACACUACCCAGCAGCCCUUUGCUGCCCAGCCUUCUUUUCCAGUGCAGACUCCGUUUGUGGCCCAAGCCCCGUAUCCUGCUCAGCCCUUCCCUAUGGCCAUAGAGCCCCAAGAAGGGGCAGCAUCACGUUCCGCCACCCCAGCCUCUGGAGCAAGAGAGCCCGUCACGUCCCCGCGACUGUUUGAGUCACGGUGCAGCUCGCCCCUGCAGCUCAAUUUGCUGAGCACAGAGGAGGGACAUCGCUCAGUGGAACGGCAGGACAGCGCAGCGCCCCUUGCUGGAUGCCACGGAUACAGUACAGUAGCAGCAUCGGGGGCAGCUGGAGCAGCAGGGGAGAAGAACGAAAACCCCCAACAGGUGGAGUCUCCAGAGGAUCAGGCUCACAGUGACGGUAACUCCUCAUCCUGCGACUUGCUGGACAUCCUGCUUCAGGAGGACUCCCACUCUGGGACCGGAUCAGCCACCUCCUGGCCACCUGGCUCUAUGGCCUCAGGAUCGGGCUCAGGAUCGGGCUCAGGCUACAACGGCUGUGGAACAUCAGCUAGUGGAGCUUCUGGCAGCAGAACAGGAAGCAGCAACACCAGCAAAUACUUUGGCAGCAUUGACUCUCUGGAACACAACCCCAAGGCCAAAGCCAAGACGAGCAGCAAAGGAGGCUCUGAAGGCGGCCAAUCGCAGACCAAGGUCUCAAUCCAAGGCGACGGAGAGCUUUUCAUCAAAAAUGUUCUCCAGGAGCCCCUGUGGCUGCUGAUGGCAAAUGCUGAUGACAAGGUCAUGAUGACAUAUCAAAUGCCAUCCAGGGACAUUCAGAGGGUACUGCGAGAAGACAAGGAGAGGCUGAGGCAGAUGCAAAAGAGCCAGCCUCACUUCUCCUCAGACCAGCGACGAGAGCUAAUGGAGGAACACCCCUGGAUGAGGAGGGGAGGUCUACCUGCUGCUAUCAAUGUAAAGGAGUGUGUGUACUGCGAGGACGCCGCAGCGGCCCCAUUCGAGGAGGACCUGUCACACAUGGAAAUGGGCGAGCUGGGCGAGGAGCUGAACCAAGAGGUCCAGAAUGCCCUAAGCCAAUCAGAGGAGUCUCAGCCUCAAGCAGACACUGGCUGCUGAACGUGCACGCUGCCAGCAGGGAGGACACACACGACCAGCCAUGGACCUUUGUGAUGCGUACACACACACAUUGUAAAUGUGAGACAAACAGCUAUGUGCCUGACCGUAUUUACAAACACAACAUUAACUCAAGCAGAACUCUGUGUUGCCAUUGUGGUGAAAAUGAGGAUGUGUGCCGCUUAUGUGUUGUGCGGAGGACUGCUGCUGAAGUGCAGUUCUUGAGCUGCCCAUACAGGGGGCAGUAUUGCUUCAUGUGGGUCUUUGUAUACAUGACCCUCAUAUACUGGUAGUCCUUUUGCCACCUCUCUUACACACACACACACACACAUACUCUCUCUCUCCCUCACUGAAAGAACCUGGGCAGAGUCUGUGUAGUUGGUGACCUUUGGCCUACCAAAUAUUUAAUUAUUU